AUGUAUUCGGUUACAAUAACAUUAUGUCUAUGUUUCUGCAUCUUGUCGGAGUCAAUUGGCGGGCUCUUGGUUAUGAGUCGCGUUCCCCCGGAUCCGCGGAAGAAGUCCAAAACAGUAUGGCAACUACAGCUGAGAGGACCGGAGUAUAAUAUGGCCGCCGAUCAAAAAGUUAAGUCGUCACCGCCACCACCGAUCUGCGACUGUUCACAUGACGUGUCCGAAUAUCCUCAUCCGCACGUCGUCGGUUCGCAGGUAAACGGAUACCGUCCUCCACACAUCGGCUACCCGAAGGUAACCGGUAACCGUCCAUCGGCGUCGACGGACUGCCCAACGCAAUUUUCACCCAGAUGCACUAUACCUCCGUGGCUCCGUGGCCGACCCGCCGGACGCCACCGCCAUGCACGACUUGUCGGACUACGCAGCCGCCUUGCAUCACUCGCCGGACCUUGCCACCAUGUACCACGUGUGCGUCCACACCCCCAUGUACUACGUGCCGGACCAUACCGACAUGUACCACUUGCCAGACCUUACCACCAUGUACCACGUGUCCGUCCAUACCCCCAUGUACUACGUGCCGGACCAUACCGACAUGUACCACUUGCCAGACCUUACCACCAUCUACCACGUGCCGUACCAAGUUGCCAUGUACCACUUGCCGGACGCUGCCUCCGUGUGACGAAUGCCGGACAAAAAAACAUCCGCCUGUAUUGGCUGAAAGUGUCAAAAUUAACCUACCACAAUAGGACAGUGCGUCUAACGUGGUAG